AUGACAUGCAGAGGUCGCAAAUUGAAAUGCGACGAAGCAAAGCCAAUCUGCGGCCCUUGCGUCAAAGCAGAUCGGGAAUGCCGAUUUGAAGAGCGGUGCAUAUUCCGUAAUCACAACAUCGCCUCGCCGAUACGAAAACCGAGGCAAAGACCCGAUGCUCGAAAAUGGAAGACUCGAGAUACUCAGGAAGAGCUCGAAGACCAAACGUGGGUGGAGGUACCUAACGAACUCACAUUCAUUCAAGUUGAGGAUCCUUGCUCACCUGAAGGUGAGCGUAUGUUGCGGGAUGAUGAUCUGGAGACUGCGGAUCAAAAUGAUGGCUCAGCAUGGGGAGGCGAAGAGCAUCAAGCUGAAAGCAGCUCAACCUCCGGUCAAGGUUAUGAGCCUGGAGUGGAUAUAGCGCGAGUCAGCUCUCUCCUUCAAAACGAGAUGGAGCUGGAUACAGAUCCAGCUUCCGGUGGGGAGCAAUCCCUGCAAUGUCUGGAAGGUCCCUUGUUAAGCGGCUCCCCAGGAUGGAGGACACCAGCGACAAACAUCACAGUCGAAACGCCUGCCAGUGUAGGCUUCUCGGUCUCAAGACCCGAAAGCUCUUCGAGAGAUGCUGACUCUAAAGUUAUUGUGUCCCACAUGUUGCGACAUUUCAAGGAAGGGCCCGGUCAGUGGAUGGAUCUUUUUGACACAACCGCUUAUUUCUCAUCAAAAGUCCCCGUACUCGCUGCAACAAGGCCUUUGCUUAAAUCUGCAGUCUGCGCCCUUUCUGCAAAACAUCUCCAGCACGUCCAUCGUACCUCGGUCGGAGAGAACCGCAAAGAUUCCUUACUUCCAUCGACUGACGAGGAGACAUGGCAAUAUCAGUCGGCAAAACAUUACGACCAAGCACUUGGAUUUCUCAAAAGGGCUAUCAACCUUGGAGCAUACAAUGACAACCCCUCCGACAAGGAAGAAAUGCUCGCUGCAGUGGCAAUUCUGUGUCUUUAUGAACUAAUGGAUGCCCCAGGUACCGCAUGGAAAGCUCAUCUCAGUGCACUGCCUCUAUUCAAUGACACAUCUGCAUCAAUGCCGGCCCACUCUUCAGUGAUCAUCCCCAAGACUGCGAUCAAGGGACCUAUCUUCUGGAGUUUAGCCAGACAGGAUCUACUCUGUGCUUUCAUCAGCGAAACAUUUACUCGCCUGGAUUUGAAGGACGUGCGACUUUGGCAAAAUGUUGGCUUAGUUACAGAUGAGCAUGGGAAUCUCUUCCCAUCACCCGCGGCAAGCCCUUUCGAUACCAACAACUCCCUCGGUAUCGAGGAAGAUAUGAAGAGCAACGAGCUCACCUGGCUUCUUGGCAAGAUCGCGAACCACCUCACUGCAGGAGACUCUAUCGUCCCAGAAGAUUUCAUCCUACCCCGCGAACAACGUCCAUACAUUGGAUUCACACAAGAACUCCUCAAUGACCGAUGGGAGAUCCUCAUGUCCGAGCUUGACAAAUGGUACGACUGCCUACCAUCUACCUUCACAGAAGCCGCCCGCACAAUGGGCCAAGGAAGCAGUGAUCCAGGACAUAAACUUGCGUUAGAGACCUUUGAGCAAAUCUGGUUUGAUUUGCCCUUAUGCGCUGCAACGGUCCAAAGUUAUCACCAAGCCAGGAUAUUGUUAUUGGUUAAUCAGCCUCAGCAGUCCACGGCUAUUCGAUCGACGGUUUCUGCACGCUUGAGGGCAUAUCGAUAUGCAUUGAAAGAGGCACUUUACCAUGCUCGAGAAAUCUGUGGAAUCAACCUCGCGAAUCCAACGGGUCCUUUCAGGAUAAAUUCUGUGCAGGCUUUGUUCGUCGCUGGACAAGUGUUCCAAGGGCAACGAGAACAAGAUGCUGUUCUUGAGAUCCUUGCUGGCAUUGAGAGGGAUUUGGGAUGGACCACUCAAUACCAUGUUGCAAAACUGAUCGAUGAGUGGGGAAGGCGUAAUGAAAUAUCUCUUGAAUAG